AUGUCGUUACCGGGUAAUGCUAUGGACUCGCUCAGCGCGGCGUUAAAGUGCAACAUAAUCCCGAAUCAGGAAUAUCUCCUGCAAGGUUCCGUUCUGGACCAGUACGUAGAAGUUCUGCUGCAUCGAUUAAGAGGCUUAUGCGACAACGUCGAUAGCGGCCCGGAGAGCUUCCACGAUCACGAGAUAUGUUUUUCUCUAAGGAUUCCGAACACAGCCGCCUCCACGCCGAUGCCUAUGUCUAUAUUUUCCCUGCGAGUGCGGAGAGCUUUGGACGUGAGCGAUACUCCCUACCAGCUACGGUACAUCGGUCAGCAGGAAUUGGGGGACAAAAACAGGCCUACGGUAGUUCGUUCUAGCAUAGAUAUGGCCUGUAGUUCGACGAUACUCGAAUUUCUCACUGAACUAGGAUGUCGUAUAGAGUUUGAAUACAUAGCGAGGGGGUACAUGUUUCGUAAAGGGAGGAUGAAGAUAACCGUUUCGAAGAUAUUCAAAAUGGGCGGUAAUAAACCGGAGAGCGUGGAGCCGAUAUCGCAGAGCUACUUGGUCGAGCUGUCCGUACUGGCUCCCUCAGGACAGGAUGCUAUAGGAGAAGAUAUGAGAAUCUUCGCAGAGCAAUUGAGGCCUCUAGUGCAGUUAGAGAAAAUCGAUUACAAACGUUUAGGAAAUAUUAUGUGA